AUUGUUGUAAACAAGAUGUUGUGACUUGUCAAGCAAAAAUACUAUAACCUAAACUCUAGACAGAAAAAUGGCUACAGUGCUCGGUGUUGGGCCAGGAUUGUUUACUUUAGCAUUGAUAUGGUCAAUUUGUCUUUUGCUCUGUUUGCUUCUCUCAAGAGCGGAAGGGGCGAUUGCAUAUGCUGGAAUAGGAUCUGUUUUAUUUGCUGGAUUGAUAACUGUUAUAUUAGUGGUAUUACCAAGAGAACCUAAAGUACCUACCAUAGAAGAAUCUGUCACUAUUUUUGACUACGGAAUAAUAUACAGAUAUUUAAUGAUAGCAGGAUGUGCAUUGUUUAUAAUAAUUGGACUAGUUGCAUAUUUGUCAGAUCACAUGAUGAUGCCAAUUUAUGCUAAACCAAUCAGAAGGCUACGUUAGAUAAUAUAGUGCUAGUGCCAUAGAUAUGAAUAGAAUUGACACUUUCCUUAUUGGAUAAUAAAUACAGAGACUCAGCAGGAGGAAGAAUAGUGCACACGAGAUAUUGUUACUUGUAACUGUGAUAGUUCAAAUGAUUUUAAAUGAUAUUGUUUUUAUGUAUUUUUAUACAUUGUACGCAUGUUAUAUAUACUUUUGUAAGUUAAUGAUAGUAAAAAUAUAAAUGAUA